AUGGAAGCACGUCAACUUGAACAACAGCGUCAAGAGCAGAGGCUCCAACAAGAAAAGCAGCGGCAAAUUGACGCUGCAAGGAAGCAGUUGCAGGAGCAGAUCAAGCAUCAUGACAUAACUGCUGCAAAUAUCGACAAGAACACGAUAGCCAUGGUGCACCGAGUAGGAGAGAUUAACCAGUCGCUACAAACUGCUUCGUUGACUCAACUGCAACGUCAACAGCUCUUGCUGGAAUAUAGCAGCCAGUCAGCCAAGUGUUCUAGUAUUGAUGAAGAUAUCCGAGGCAUGGAAAAGCAAGUACGACGGUUGGAGGAGGAGGAACGAACAUACCAGAAGAAGAAAAUUCAAGCAGAGCAAAUGAUCACGUCGGCUUUUCGAAUCAAUUCAACCAUGCAGGAUUUCCAAGCCAAGCAAGAACUCAAAGAGGCCCAGGACAAUAUGCGUGUAGUUGAACAUUCCCGGCUCACCUUCCAGAAGAAGCUUGACAAUUUGCGUGAGAAGUACGUUAUUCUUAAGAUAUUAUGA